UCAUCAGGAGCCGGUAGUGAAACGCGCGGUAUUUUGAAUACAACGAAAAACAAACAGUCGCUAGCUUUAUUUUUGAUCUUCAAAACGGUAAACUAGCCCCUUCAAGCUACCAAAACAUGUCAAAGAAAGCUCCGAGAGCAGCCCUGAAGCUCCAUAUGAAGAAGAACACUAAUAUACGGAUAGGAAAAAACGCAGACUUGAUGGCCCAGCUCAACCUCCUAGUUGUCCUGCAUCGUCUAGCGGAGGAGUCUAAGGUGAAAGCCUUUGAGGAGAAAUCAGCAACCAUCAAAGUUCACCACGUCAGAGCUGUUGCGAAGAAACUGUUAAAGAGCACACGUGGAUAACAUGGAUGACGGGAGUUCCCCAUCACAGCCCUUUAUUUGUUCAACAGCAUUGAUCCCAUUAACUAAAAUUUACUAAAAGACUUCAAGUAUGUGUGAGCUAGUAUAGAGCCCACAACAUAUAUGGACUGUCAAAGAUGAACAUUUUACUUUUAUUCAUUUAUUAGAACUUUUACAUGCACAAUGGAAUUUUUUGUUGCUUUGUCUCCGCAUCAGGCCCAUUA